AUGGCGACCGCCACUCAUAUCAAGGUUUCGACAGACAAUACGGGGAUUCUAGGGCUUCGCCAGAACGCCGAUUCUGCAAAAAAGGUUUCAGAAACGCUACAGGCGGAUCUAGAGAGAUACCAUAUCUUCUUUAACACGAAGGGUUUUCACAAUCAUCUUGCCCACCACAUUUUAUCCGCCUACGCAUUGGGAGCCUCCGCAGACCUUCUACAGCAGAUUUUUGACCGGGCUGCUGCCUACCAGCUUCCUUCUCGCCCAGUCGAUGAAGCGAUACGCCAAAUUGAAAAGAGGGGGAUGGAAGUAGUGGUAAAUGAGUAUCUUUUUGCUGCGGAUAAGCUUGCGGAUGAUAUGCUCGUUCGGCUGUUUGCUGGGCUCAUUCAUCCGUUUAUCCAACUCGGAUUCGGCGUUGAGUUCAAUCAGCCUGCCAUUGUCGCAGAAGCUCUUGCGGAAACUGCGGUUCAUGAAUCGAAUCUUACAUUCCUCUUGCCAGCUGAAGAGGCAGCAGGUGGCGUUGGGAAGGAGGGCAAGAAGUCUCUCGUUCAUCUCCAGCAAGAAAUUCGCUCCAACACCCAAAUCCGGAAAGCCGUGCGCUGGGAAGAUGUGAACAAGAUCGAUGGAAUGCUGGCUCGAGCGCUAGACGAGAUCAUCAAAAUUACUAGCCAAUUUUCAGUGGGCCCAGACCAGUUGGAACUGAAGCUAGCCGAACUGUUGAACGCUGUUGCUUAUUUCGCUGGCGCAGCGCAGCGUCCUCAAAAGAGGGUUAAAUUCGACUUUUUUUACAUGCACUGUGUCACCAGCGCAAUUUUCUUGGCUUCAUUUGUCUCUCAGUCCUGGAUCAGUAAGCAAAACAAAUUACGCAUCCUGGAAUGGAAAGGUCGUAUGGACCUGGCGACGUACGCCUCUCGCGGUGCAGCGGAGCUACGACAGGAGGAGAUUACAGACUAUGAGCCAAAGCUGUCGUGGGAGGAAGUUUUCGCCCAAGCCAUUAAUCAUCCUCAAGAUGACGGACAUGCCUCAAAAUUCAUCCGCACACUUGCUUUUGGCGAGAAGCUUUGUAAACCGUUUGAGGAGGAUGAGAAGUGUCGAGAGGCGUUCUUAGUCAACGGAGAUAUGUGGAUCAAGUUAGCGAACAUGGCUCACUCCCCUGCACAACUAACAACUACCGCGUUCUUCAUCCAUGAAUCCUGGGACUGGAUGGCCAACACUAAAAUUAAUAAUAUUAUCGAUUCGAUCCAGGACAACCAGAUGUGGAUUCGUCAUGUUGGGGAUGACCGGGCGUGGGAGGGGGUUGCAGAUAGAUAA